AUGAGCUCUGCUUCAACUUCAAAUAGCGCUGAUGUUUUAGCAAAAAUUUUGCGUGGUUUUAUUAGCGUUAAUGAAGAAAAACAAUUUGUUGGAGAAGAAACUUCCAAUAUUACAAUCCCUCAACAACGAGAACAAAGCAUUUCUCCAUUUAAAUUUUCUUCAAAUACAAAUGGUUUCAAUUCUUUAAUAGUAGAAGAAAGAAAGGAAAGUAGAGGAGAAUCUCCAAGUUUAAUAACUGGAAGUAUUGGACAAGAAUAUGACGAAGAACUGAAUAGACGGGCAUUGAAGAGAAAGAAUGACAACAAAACGAAUGAAAGUACAACUUCAUCCUCCUCAUCACUCUCCAAACGUCGCAAUGCUGGUGGGUCAAAAUCCCUUUUAACGGCCGCAACUGCUGCAGCAUUAAUGGCACCUUCUCCACUUGGACAAGUACCUUCAAUUCCUGGAGUUAUUGCUGUUGCAGUUUCCCCAGCAGCGCAACUGUUUCGCGAGGAUGAUUGGAGUUGGCAUAGAAAUCCAGCGGCAGCAAUACGUUCGGGCGGAACAAACAAACAAACGCCCGUUUGGAAAUAUUUUGUAUACAAUAAAGCAGAGAAUUUAAGCAGGUAA